AUGGCCUUGCUUCCGGACAGCCGCCGGGCCCGCCACGCCGCUCCGCCAACAGCUUCCUCCCGCGCCCCUCACGUGACCUCCCCCGCCGGGCUGGAAGCGGAAGCGCCAUGGAGGCCUCGGGAGCGGCGGCGGGGCUCGCCCCCAAGCGCCGCGGCCCGGGCCCGGCCCCUCCGCGGAUGGCGGAGCCGCGGCCGCUCUUCGACGACACCAGCGGCGGCGGCGGCGCCCCCCCGAGCCGGGCCUACGGGGUCCCCUCAGCGCCCCCCCCCCCCCCCCCCCCCCGCCCCGCAGCUCGACCGGUUCGUGCCCGUGGGGCGCCUCAAGUACUACUUCGCCGUGGACACGGUGUACGUGGGCAGGAAGCUGGGGCUGCUCGUCUUCCCCUUCGGGCACCAGGACUGGCAGGUUCGCUACCAGCAGGAUGCGCCGGUUGCCCCCCGCUUCGAUGUCAACGCCCCCGACCUCUACAUCCCGGCCAUGGCCUUCAUCACCUACCUGCUGGUGGCUGGGCUGGCACUGGGCACCCAGAACAGGUUCUCCCCCGACAGCCUGGGGCUGCAGGCGAGCUCGGCGCUGGCCUGGCUGCUGCUGGAGGUGCUGGCGGUGCUGCUCAGCCUCUACCUGGUGGCGCUGCCCACCGACCUCUCCACCAUCGACCUCGUGGCCUUCGCCGGCUACAAAUACGUGGGGAUGAUCCUCGGGCUCCUCUCUGGGCUCCUCUUUGGCAACACCGGCUACUACGUGGUGCUGAGCUGGUGCUGCCUCAGCAUCUUCGUCUUCAUGAUCCGCACGCUGCGCCUCAAGCUGCUGUCGGAAGCGGCGGCCGAGGGGGUGCCGGUGCGCGGCGCCAAGAACCAGCUGCGCAUGUACCUCACCAUGGCCGUGGCCGCCGCGCAGCCGCUGCUCAUGUACUGGCUCACCUUCCACCUCCUCCGCUAGUGCUCCCCCCCCCCCUGUUCCCCGGAACCCCCCC